AUGACAAGACAAGCCAUCGCAGACAAUAGAAAGAGUCUUAAAAAUGAAAAAUCAGAAGUACCUAAAGUAGAGUCCUUACCACUCAGAAAGUUUUAUACCUAUGCUAGCAAAAAGGACAAAAUCAUGAUAAUAAUUGGUACAUUGGCAGCUGUUGCUACUGGAAUAUUACUCCCGUGCUUUGCAUUAAUAAUUGGUGACCUUGGAGAAGCUUUUCUACCCUAAAAUGAACCUGACUAUAAAAGAAGAUUAGUUAAAGAAAUAUCAGGCUAAAUGGCACUAUUAGCAGUGGGAACUUGGAUAGCAGGAUACAUCUACUACGCGUUUUGGCAACAUAUUGCCGAAAAUAUUUCAUACGAUUUAAGGCUCAGAUAUUUGAAGGCCCUUUUAUAGUGA